GUACCGGCGGCGCUUGCAGUGACCGGUUGGUGUCUGUGAGCACCCGUGUGUCAAAAACGUGGGUACGGAAACUUGUAAAAAUUAAAGUGGUGUUUUCCCCAGAAAAACUUAAAGCGUUUAAACAUUAGUGAUUUACCCAUUUUUGCUACUGAAAAGAAAUAUCAAAUUUGUUUCUUUCGGUUGCGCGUUUGUAUCUUAAUCCUCUUGCCUCUCCUCUCUUCCCCUCAACUAUCUGUCCUUAACCAUCGAGGGACAGAUCGGUGUGACAGCAAUCGACUGACUACGAUACUGCACGGGCAACCCUUGCGCUCUUUUUUUCCAAGGCUCACGCGGUUUUCCAUGUCAACGACACGCGCGCUCCUACCAAGGCCAGCGUGCUACGCCCCGCACAGAGUAGCCUCCGUCGUCUUCAUCGUCGUCGUCGCUGCUGCUGCCGCCGUCAAGCAACUGCUCCACGUAAUCGUGCCCGUCGUCGGCGAUCUAUUGUCUGCGUCGUGUCGGUGGUUAGAUCUUUGUUCGACGUGGUCAUCGUCCCGGUGGUUAGCUUUGAAGAAGACCGGCGAGCAUCAAAGUUUGUGCACGGUUACUAUCAGGGUGAAGAGAAGGAGACACGGCAGCGUCGCUCACGCCAACCUGAGAUGAGCGACCAUGGCUGCAUACACUUGAAUAAUUUCAAAGCAGCCAAGGGUAUCCAGCCGUACAAAGUGAUACACUCCUAUUUUGUGACCAGCACGUCGACCGAAGCACGCGUAAGAAAGGCUGUUAGUUGUUUAUGUCAUACAUGUAAGACAUAUAAAGAUCGCCUACAUUCUUGUCUUCAUUGUAUAUUCUUUGGCUGCUAUGUAAAAGGUCAUAUACAAGAACAUGCAAAAACAAAAAAGCAUUUUUUAGCUGUUGAUCUUUGUUAUGGAAAUAUUUUGUGCUUCCAAUGUGGAGAUUAUGUAUAUGAUAGAGAACUGUUAGGAGUUGCUAAAGCACAAUGGAGUGAAUCUGCAAAAUCAUUGAGUUUUGGAGAAUUUUACAGAGCAUGGGAACCAACACAAAUAGAAGCAGAAUUAUUAAGAAAACAUCCACGCAGAAGACGUGUGGUCGAAAAUUCUACCAUAGGUUUAAGAGGACUUAUAAAUCUUGGUAGUACAUGUUUCAUGAACUGCAUUGUACAGGCACUCAUACACACGCCUCUAUUAAGAGAUUAUUUUCUUGCUGAUCGUCAUCACUGCCCACAGCCAACACGCUGCCUGGUCUGUGAAGUGUCUCAUCUUUUUCAGGAAUUUUAUUCUGGUAGCAAAGCACCACUGACGCUUCACAAGCUUCUCCAUUUGAUCUGGACACAUGCUAGACAUUUGGCAGGUUACGAACAACAGGAUGCUCAUGAAUUCUUUAUUGCUACACUCGAUGUUCUGCAUAGGCAUUGUGAAGCAGCACCAAUCUUAAUAAAAGAUAAUCCACAUCACUGUAAUUGUAUCAUUGAUCAAAUCUUUACUGGUGGACUUCAAAGUGAUGUAGUUUGUCAAGCAUGCAACGGAGUAUCUACGACGAUAGAUCCAUUUUGGGAUAUAUCUUUGGAUUUGGGUCCAGCGGCUAGUGCAUCAGGUUCCGAUAGUUCUGGUCCUCCUACCUCGUUAUUAGAUUGUUUGGAAAGGUUCACGCGUGCAGAGCAUUUGGGAUCUAGCGCAAAAAUAAAAUGUAGUAAUUGUCAGACGUAUCAAGAAAGCACUAAGCAAUUAACAAUGAAGCAACUACCUAUUGUGGCCAGCUUUCACUUAAAACGAUUUGAACACUCUAGUAUACAGGACAAGAAGAUUUCUACCUUCAUAUCGUUUCCAGAACAAUUAGACAUGACUCCAUUCAUGUCUCAUAGACGAAAUGGUAACAAUAACAGUGCAAUGAUAGAUGGACUACCAAAGAAUGGAGAAGAUAUGGCAUUCAGCGACAAUAGAUAUUCUCUAUUUGCGGUAAUAAAUCAUGAAGGUUCUUUGGAGACUGGACACUAUACUGCCUUUAUACGGCAGCAAAGAGAUCAAUGGUUUAAAUGUGACGAUCAUUUAAUUACAAGAGCAAGAUUAAAAGAUGUCUUGACUAGCGAAGGGUAUCUCCUUUUUUAUCAUAAACAAAUUUUGGAGUAUGGUCGAAAUACCAAGGUGUAAAACGUUAGAUUGUGUAAUUAAUUUAUUUAUCACAAUGAAUCAUGGGUGAUAGAUUUAAGUUUUCUUUAGUAUUUUAAAAAAGAGAACUUUGUAAACAGUUAAUUCCCUUCUGGAAACUGUUUCAUAUGUUUCAUCCGACUCAUGCGAAUUCGCUUGUCGGUAAGCUAUGCAUAAUUUAUGCAAGAGGAAAUAAGACUAAAGAAAUGAAGACCUCAAAAAUGGAAUUUCGAACUUUCGUUUGAAAUAAUAUUGUUAUUAACCGGUUAUAUGAACAGAGACUUUCCGAUAAAUUAGAGAAGAGAAUUUAAUAAAUGACUAUAUUAUUAUGCUUUGGUCGUAUGAUUAAAAACAAGAAUAAAUUAGAAACUAAUCACUGUUUAAAAGAAUAGUAAAGAUCGACCGGAUGUCGCUCUGUUAGCAUAGAUAUUUGUCAUGAUGUUAAACGAUAUUUUUAAUUAUCGAAAAGUGAAAAUGUAAAAGAAUUGUCUUCGUUCUCUUAUUUUUCAUUUUUUGUUUUCACCGUUGUGUUUAUUGCGUUUGACGAAAUCUAGGCUGGCACAUAUGGUGAUCGAUUUCUCUAUUCGUGUCCUAAAGUAACAUAAGUGUAAUUUUAAGAUUAGCUCAAUUUUUUUAAAUGACCGAUCGCAUUUUUGUAUAUCGCUGACUGUUAUUAUAUUCCUGCCCUGACACUUGUAUACAUGAGACACCAAGGAUGGAUCACACGAUUCAAAAGUACUUUAAUUAAUAAGUUCGAUCUUCAGUAAAAAAAAACCAUUUUAUUCAUAUGAUUCGUCGUGUCAAUCAUCCUUUGGUGAUUCAAUUUUGUACAAACGAAAUAACAUAUAGCAAAAAGAAGGAUAAUAAUAUUAUCCGUAUACAAGGCGAAUUAUUUCGCACGACUGUGUAUAAUAAAAAAAAAACACUAUUUGACAAAUUUCUUUUUCUGGUUGCCCAUUUUAUUUUUUUUUUUUUUUAAAUAAUAAAGUGAAGAGAACUUUAAACCUUAAGAAAUUUCAAAUGAAAAAAUUAGAAAGGAUUAUAAAGCUUUUAAUAAUAUUAUGUUAAUUUUCUUUAUGGCAAUUUCUGCAAAAAGUGCCAAGUGUUUGUGUACACUUGUAGUUCGUAAUUUGUGCUGUAAUCCCCUAUUUUGUGAUGGGUUUUUAUUAUUGUGUUCAUUAACGAAAUUAUUCGUAAUGUUCCAAAAAUAAAUUAGAACAAUCUUU